UGCGAUCACUCGGCAGUCGCGGUGUGGAAUUUGAACGGUUGAGGCGUACCUCAACCGGCUCUCAAGUCUGGGUCCUUGCGUCGUUCAGUGCCUUCAGUGAGUCUCGGUGUCGCUCCGUCGAGUUUGUCUUUGGCCUUCCCCUUCAAAGGGGGCUUAACAGCCCGUUGUUUUCCUCUUCACCUUUUUCUUUAUGGCGGAUUUGUGUGUGUAGUUUGCUCGAAGCAAAAUUCUUAGCGCUCAGGUGAUGAUCGCAUUCCCCUGGUGCAUCUAAUUAGUGGGUCGAUCUUUUGGAUUCUUAUUGGGAUUUUAUAUACGCUGGGCGCUUACAUAAUCGUUGAAAUCAAGUUUGAGUGUUUUGAUUGAACCAAUUGGGAUUGAUUUUACCGUUAAAGUGGAAGUGAGUGUUUAAAAGCUUAAGUAAUUGGAAAAGCUUCUCUUGUGGUGUCCUUCGCGCUCCGACAUUCCCCGUGAUCAGUUCUGUGUACAAUUACUGUUAUAAAAAAAUACGACCAAGAGGCUGGGUUAUUUGUGCUCAAAGUUAUCGUCGCAAAUCUGCCCGCUAGAAGAGUGUUGUGCAAAUAAGUGAAAAUCUGCAGCUAAAAAAGAUUUGCAAUAAGAUUCAAUUCAGAUAUAAAACGAAGUGGAUUGUUUUACAUUUUACGAAUACCAUAAAGAGGUGAUCGGGCUGAAGCUUGCUCGGAGUUGAAAAUUCUACAAAUCUGACUGUCGUAGUGCUGUUAUAUUGUUCAUUGAAAAGAGCCACGAGAACCAACUUGUCGGAGAUCGCCAACCGCAGAGCAAAAGAUUUUAAUGUUGACCGAUUGUUGAUAAGAAGAUCAUGUAGCCUGUUUGGCCGUUUUGAAACUGCCUUUGGCUGACCGCGCAGAGUAGACAAAUAUUCAAGGAAAGGAGUAUUAGGAGACGAAGAAAAAAAAACAAGCCGCACCGACUGAACGAUAUUUUCGGGCUGGAUUGCGACUGUCUAUGUAUCCUCAAGUGGUGUUACGAUUAUGGCACUGCGAUUGCGUAAGGAUGUUCAGAAGGCAUCCUACUAUGUGUGGUUCCUCGGAGCACAGGAAGCGAAAGGACUGCGAGGGUCCCGUGUCCUGCUGCCGGUAAUCCCGCGGCUGAUCGAGAAAUCCAAGGAACGCGAACCGCUCAAAGUGACGCUGCAGAUAUCACACAAGGGGUUAAAAAUCAUACAAGGUUCUGCCAAGCAUUUCAUUCCUCACGGGGCCAUUACAUGUUCCGUCCAGGCGGAGGAUGUGGUCGCGUGCAUUCUGCUUCUGUACAACCCGGCCACCAAGUGUCCACUCCACGUGCACGCCUACCGGUGCGAUUCGGAAGCCACAGCCCAGGCCAUGAACGAGCAGCUGCAGAUAUUGAUCAAUAGAGCCGAAAAUCAGAAGAGAUUCGCCGAACUAGAAACUAGACUGGGCUUGUCAGCGCAAUUAACAACAUCGGUUGUAACGGGCGCUCCGGAAAGAAAGCAUCAUCAUCAGCAUCAGCAGAAGGUCCACCAACAUCAUCAACUACAACAACAUCAACAACAGCAUCACCAGCAGAUGCCGAGAAGAUUCGAUUCGCCACGUAGGAUUGAUUCAUCACACGGAAGCGAUACCGGCACCAGUACCCGGGAAUCGGAAUGCAGCGAGGAGCAGCAACACUCCCCGACUAGUCCGAUAUCGCCAAUUUUGAGCCAAUCCAAGCUGUACGACUCGCUGGCUGCUGAACUGCGGGAGAAGCUUAGCGGUGGCGUUCCCCUGCUGCUUCCAGCCAAGGACUACGAUAAAUCCAAUAAUGGCAAUGACUCAAAGAGAAGUCGGAACCCAUGCAUCGUCGGACCUUUAACAUCGGUUGUCGGAAAUGCCAACAUCGGCAGCAGCAAUCACAACAACCACAACAAUAGCAACAUCAACGGCAAGCAAGGUGUGUCGUCACGUGGCUCCUCUGGCAUUGGAUCCGAUCUGGCCCCCAGUCCCGAGCGACAGGAAGCUCAAAGCUCGAGUGAAGAUGAAUGGGUAAACGAACAGGAAGUUCCGUACACAAGAUCUACUCAUCAAGUUCCUCCCGUUAAUGGAAGAUCCAAAGCGCACUACGAAGAAGAACCAAUGGCGCGAAACAACAAAUACCGAGAUCCUCCAUCUACCUAUCUCUAUCCGAAUGUGAGACAAGAAUCACGCAGCAGAUUCCAGCGCUCUUCCAGUCGCGAAGAAGAUCAAAGUCUGCGAGGGUCUGUUAAUUCACGGGAAGAAGAAGUCAAACCAGUCAUCAACAAAUCAAAUCCAAUGCGCAAUAGAUUCCGGGACGCUUUCCAUGGGGAUGAGUUCAUCGAAGAAACUCGUAAGAAAAAAAUCACCAUCGAGGAUCAAGAAGACGGUCGUAGAAGGAAUGUGCAUCCGGAACGAUAUCAAGAGAACAUUCCCGAUGAAAGCAGUGGGUUUAGGAAACCUCACAAUGGAGGGAAAUACUACGACGGAUACGACAACGAUCGUUAUCACGAAAAUCUGACAGACCGACAGAAAUACCGUGAAAUGGUUUCAGAAACGGGAAAUCACUGCGAUGAUUCCCCUAAGCGUAUGUCAGCUUAUAGAGACGGUUUUAGAGAAUAUUCACCAGAAAGAGUCAUAAAAACAAAAUACUCACCAUCGUUCGAUGAUCAUCGUGAAUUCAGAAUCGAGCGUGAAUUUAGAGAACAUCCCAGAUCGUCUUCUAACAACAGAGAACGUCACAGAGCUGCACGAGACGAGAGUUUAGAAGACAGAUAUCGAGGUGGCUUCAACGAUCGAAGACCAUAUCGUGAACCCGAGGAGCGUGUCUCGAGAGAUCUUGUAGACAGUAACGGUAAAAACCCUAAUCCUCGUCAUAAGCCUGCGGGUAACUCCAAACACAGCAACGAUCGGUACGAUGAUCGAUGGGAACGCGAACCGAUGUAUCCAGAAGAUUGUGAACCAGAAGAAAAAUACAGAGAUGACUUGCCGCGAUACCGCGAGGAAGCCAAGAAGUCACCCGUAAUGAAGAAGAUUGAAGCUCGAAACAAAUCGAUUGAGAUUAAAACAAGUUCGCCAGAAUCGACCAUACGCAAGGUUUCUCCAAAGGAUCGGUUCCAAAACGCAAAAGAAAAGUUCCAGCAAAUGGAACGGGAACGUUACGAACAAGAGCGCAUCGAAAGGGAACGUCAGGAACGGGAACACAUGAUGCAAGCCAAGCGCGCCACCGAAGCACCUAGAAGAAGUUCUCUGGAACCGGUUGUCGUGAGCUCGCACGAAAGCAACGGCUGGAGCACCGAAGACGAAGUGGAUGAUUUCCCUGCGAGAGUGCCACCUCGAUCGACUCACAGUGGCGGAUAUCGCGAGUUGGAACCGAAUGAUCGCUAUCCGGGUCUCGAUCGGGAACCCAUCCCAUCGCGUAUCGUGCCUGCCAAAAGUCUCGGCAACCUGAACAAGGGCUACCGCCAUAGCUAUGCAGAACCACGACCUCCACCGGUUUCGAGAAGCAGUGGCCGUGUAGGACUGGCAGCAGUCAAUCCAUAUUAGUGUUAGACUUCGCUUAACUUCUUCUGUAUAGGGUCGGGUGUUUCUUUGUUAUAUGCUCCUGUAAAGUAUGAAAAUAUUUCAGCAACAAAAUGAAAUUAAAAUAUGUAUUUGAGAUGAACUAUAUUGUUAAAGCUUAUGAACGAAGCUCACAUAAUUCACAGAAUACAUGUGUUGAUGUGCCUUAUAGAAGAUAGCUGUACGGUGUAAAAUGAUGAAGUCUGUUGUAAAUCAGUGCACGAUUCUAAUAACAAUAAAGAGUGAAA